AUGGCACACCACCUCUCCAGCUUUGGAGAAGACCAGCUCACUGAUGUGGCUGACGUGAGAUGCUGCUGUGCCAUCCUGAAAAGGUUGCAAUACAAGGUGGGACACGUUCCUCAGUAUCUGAGCAGGUUUCCUCCUCUGGAGAGUUUCACAGCUCAUGAUGACGUUGUCAUUCACUGGAUUCAAGAGACUCCACCAGAGUCCCGGGUUCACUCCUACCAUCACAAACAAGACCAACUGGGAGAGCAGCACCAGAGGUUCAGAGGAAGAACAUCUCUGUUUGAGGACCAGAUCUCCAGAGGAAACGCUUCCCUGCUGCUGAGAGGAGUGAAGGUUCAGGACCAGGGCAGAUUUCGGUGUGACAUCAGCACCGUUACUGGAAAUAAGAAGAACUUCAUCAAGCUGAAUGUGAACGCUCCAGUCCAGCACAUCAACAUUGAAAAGGUACAAGAUAAAAUCACCUGCAGCUCAGAGGGGAUCUAUCCUAAACCUGGACUCACCUGGACCACCAGUCCUCCAUCCAGCGUGAACCUGCAGAACCCACCAACAGUCCAGCAGACUCAACAGCAGCUCUACAGCAUCAGCAGCUCUCUGAUACUUUCAGACGGAGAUACUGACCUGGUCUACAUCUGCACCGUCAGCACUCCAGCGAACAGCAGGAGAUCCACUUUGCUUCGACCAGCUGUUAUAAGUGGAUCAGACACUCAAAGAAAAAUCUCCUGCUCAACCGCCAAUUAUCCAAUAAGAUAUCUCAUCUGGACAUUUAACCACAAAGAGAUCAUCCUGACACAGAGCGGAGAUGAAGGGGUCUACACACCUUCAGAUGGGUGGAAGCAGCACGUGAUGACUGUAUCAGAGACAGGAAGUCUCACUCUGAAGGAUUUAUCUUCAGACCAGACAGGAACAUACAAAUGUGAACUCAGUGAUGAAGAGGAAACAUACGUGAAAUACACCUUUCUUCACAUACCAAAAGACUGGACUGGAGUUAUUGUAGGAGUGGUGGUGGGUGUGCUGCUGCUGCUGGUGGUGUUCUUGGUUACUGGAGUCGUUGGUGACAAAUACAUGACAAGGAGGAGGAGGAAUAAAAGAGAUAAAGAGGAGGUUCUGGAUCAGUUGGGCAUGGAUGAGUACGACUCAACAGAAGGGGUUAAACAGAGAGAGAGAAAGAGACUGAUGUCGGCUAGGAAGGAGUGCAGAGUUCGAUUCGUUGGUUGCAAACUCUCAAAGACUCACUAUGAAGUUGUUGCGUCCGCUCUGAAGUCUAAAGACUCCCGUCUGACAGAACUGGACCUGAGUAAGAGCAGCCUGGAGGAUUCAGGAGUGAAGCUUCUGUCUGAUGGACUGGAGAGUCCAAACUGUAGACUGGAGAAUCUCAGAUUGAAGAGCUGCAGGUUGUCAGAGAUCAGCUGUUCUUCUCUGGUCUCAGCUCUGAAGUCCAACCCCUCCCAUCUGAAACAUCUGGACCUGAGCUGGAACAAGAACCUGCAGGAUUCAGGAGUGGAACAUCUGUGUGGAUUUCUGGAGAGUCCAGACUGCAGACUGGAGACUCUGAGAUUGGAGCGCUGCAGUUUGUCAGAGAUCAGCUGUUCUUCUCUGGUCUCAGUUCUGAAGUCCAACCCCUCCCAUCUGAAACAUCUGGAACUGAGUAUCAACAACCUGCAGGAUUCAGGAGUGAAACAUCUGUGUGGAUUUCUGGAGAGUCAAGACUGCAGACUGGAGACUCUGAGGUUGUGGAGCUGCAGUUUGUCAGAGAUUGGCUGUUCUUCUCUGGUCUCAGCUCUGAAGUUCAACCCCUUCCAUCUCAAACUUCUGGACCUGAGUGGGAACCUCUACCUGGAGGAUUCAGGAGUGAAACAUCUGUGUGGAUUUCUGGAGAGUCCAGACUGCAGACUGGAGACUCUGAGAUUGGAGCGCUGCAGUUUGUCAGAGAUCAGCUGUUCUUCUCUGGUCUCAGUUCUGAAGUCCAACCCCUCCCAUCUGAAACAUCUGGAACUGAGUAUCAACAACCUGCAGGAUUCAGGAGUGAAACAUCUGUGUGGAUUUCUGGAGAGUCAAGACUGCAGACUGGAGACUCUGAGGUUGUGGAGCUGCAGUUUGUCAGAGAUUGGCUGUUCUUCUCUGGUCUCAGCUCUGAAGUUCAACCCCUUCCAUCUCAAACUUCUGGACCUGAGUGGGAACCUCUACCUGGAGGAUUCAGGAGUGAAACAUCUGUGUGGAUUUCUGGAGAGUCCAGACUGCAGACUGGAGACUCUGAGGUUGUGGAGCUGCACUUUGACAGAGAUCAGCUGUUCUUCUCUGGUCUCAGCUCUGAAGUCCAACCCCUCCCAUCUGGAACAUGUGGACCUGAGAGGGAACUACCUGCUGGUUUCCGAUAUGAAGCAGCUUUCUGAUCUGGUGAAGAGUCCAGACUACAAGCUGCAGACUCUCAGGUGGGAUUGGUAUGACUGGCCAGGAGGGUGUUUGUGAUGAGAGGAUGAGUCGUGUCCUGAUGGUCCUCAGAGGUUGAAGCAGAACCAGUUUGUGUGGACAGACUCGGACUGGAUCGUGAUGAUGAUGAAGCUGAAGAUGAACGUAGUUUCUGAAUUCCAGCGUUCUACAAACUUCUCAUAUAUUCAUGUAUUUCAUGUUAAGUAAAAAAGCCUUUAUUAGGGCCCGAGCACUUACAGUGCGAAGGCCCUAUUGUAUCUGUAGGAAUUUUUUCUUUAGGCCACGUCCGGUGAUCAUGUGAACUCUUAUGAAGGUUUAUGAACAUUUGGUGAAUAUGUGUAUUCGACUUUGAAGCCGGCUCAACCCCAGCCUGAAAUCAGCUUUAAUGUGCUUCCUAAAAUGGCGGCCUUGUCAGUGACUACAAGGACCAGUGUGCCUUGUGGGGAGGCAAUGCCUGAAUGCGCGUCCAAUCACUGGCCCGG